AAUCCAUUAACCUACCUUGUUCAGAAGGAUCACUAAAUCAGCACAACAUGGCACAGCAUAGUAUUGUCCUUGGAUUAUUCAUCAUGACUGUUUUAUCACUGUUGGAUGGAAGUUCAGCUUUCCUGUUAAAUCAGCGUCUGAAGGGAAGAUUUCAAAGAGACCGUAGAAACAUCCGCCCAAACAUCAUCCUUGUUCUUACUGAUGAUCAGGAUGUGGAACUUGGUUCUAUGCAAGUGAUGAAUAAAACAAGGCGGAUCAUGGAACAUGGAGGUGCUCAUUUCAUCAAUGCCUUUGUGACAACUCCCAUGUGCUGCCCAUCUCGCUCUUCCAUUCUCACGGGGAAGUACGUCCACAACCACAACACCUACACUAACAAUGAGAACUGUUCUUCUCCAUCCUGGCAGGCUCAGCAUGAAAUACGUACAUUUGCAGUGUACCUCAACAACACAGGAUACAGGACAGCUUUCUUUGGAAAGUACCUUAAUGAAUACAAUGGCUCCUAUGUGCCUCCUGGUUGGAAAGAAUGGGUUGGAUUACUUAAAAACUCUCGAUUUUACAACUACACCCUCUGUAGAAAUGGUGUGAAGGAGAAGCAUGGAUAUGACUACUCCAGGGAUUAUCUAACUGAUCUGAUUACCAAUGACAGUAUUACCUUCUUCAGAAUCUCCAAGAAGAUGUAUCCUCACAGGCCUGUACUGAUGGUUAUAAGCCAUGCUGCUCCUCACGGCCCUGAAGAUUCAGCCCCUCAGUACUCACAUCUCUUUCCUAAUGCCUCGCAACACAUCACUCCCAGUUAUAACUAUGCUCCAAACCCAGACAAGCACUGGAUAAUGAGGUAUACUGGUCCCAUGAAACCUAUCCACAUGGAGUUCACUAACAUGCUGCAGAGAAAGCGCCUUCAAACGCUCAUGUCUGUGGACGACUCUAUGGAGAUGAUUUACAACACGUUGGUCGAAACAGGUGAACUGGACAAUACAUAUAUAAUAUACACAGCAGACCAUGGUUAUCAUAUUGGGCAGUUUGGACUGGUGAAGGGGAAGUCCAUGCCAUAUGAGUUUGAUAUCAGAGUUCCUUUCUACAUCCGAGGUCCAAAUGUGGAGGCUGGAUCCUUGAAUCCUCACAUUGUGUUGAAUAUUGAUCUUGCACCUACGAUUCUAGAUAUUGCUGGAUUGGAUAUUCCAUCUGAUAUGGAUGGUAAAUCCAUUCUAAAGCUUCUGGAUUCUGAGAGACCAGUGAAUAGGUUCCAUUUAAAGAAGAAGAUGAAGGUGUGGAGAGACUCAUUCCUCGUGGAAAGAGGUAAACUGCUGCAUAAGAGGGAGAAUGAGAAGGUAGAUGCCCAAGAAGAAAACUUCCUACCCAAGUACCAGCGUGUGAAAGACCUCUGUCAGCGAGCUGAGUAUCAAACAGCUUGUGAACAGCUUGGCCAGAAAUGGCAGUGUGUGGAAGAUGCUAGUGGAAAGCUCAAGCUACACAAGUGCAAGGGAAUGGCAAGCUUGGCAGCUGCAGGCAACAGCAAAGGCACCUCCAAUAUUUUGCCCAAGUAUUAUAACAGGAAUAGUGAAGACUGCAACUGUGAGGAGAAUGAGUACAAGCUAAGCCAUGUUGGACGGAGAAAGAAACUCUUCUCCAAGAAAAAAUACAAACCAAGCUAUGUUCGGAAUCGCUCGAUCCGUUCUGUAUCUGUUGAGCUGGAUGGAGCCAUUUAUACUCUGGGCAUAGAGGAUGGCUACCAACCUGUCUUACCAAGAAACAUCACAAAGAGGCACAAGGUGCAGAGGGCUCUUCUUCGUGAGGAGGAGGAUAAGGACAUGGGGGAGUACAGUGGCACUGGUAGCAUUACAGAGUACACAGCCCCUAACCUAAUAAAAGUGACUCACAGGUGCUAUAUCCUGGAGAAUGACACUGUUCAGUGUGACACAGAUCUGUACAGGUCACUGCAAGCUUGGAAGGACCAUAAACUUCAUAUUGACCACGAGAUUGAAACUUUGCAAAAUAAAAUAAAGAACCUGAGGGAGGUGAGAGGUCACCUGAAGAAGAAACGACCUGAAGAGUGUGACUGUAACAAGAUAAGUUACCAUUCGAAACAUAAAAGCAAACUGAGGCACAAGGGAUCUGGUCUUCAUCCUUUCAAGAAAGCCCUGCAGGAGAAAGACAGGCUGUGGCUGCUUCGAGAGCAACGGCGGAAGAAGAAACUGCGCAAACUGCUGAAGAGAAUAAAGAAUAAUGACACGUGCAGCAUGCCUGGCCUGACCUGCUUCACCCACGACAACCAGCACUGGCAGACUGCUCCCCUCUGGACAUUGGGUCCCUUCUGUGCCUGUACCAGUGCCAAUAACAACACAUACUGGUGUUUGAGGACAAUCAAUGAGACCCACAACUUCCUGUUUUGUGAAUUUGCUACUGGAUUUUUGGAGUAUUUUGAUCUCAAUACUGAUCCAUAUCAGCUAAUUAAUGCAGUGAAUACACUAGACAGAGAUGUUCUCAAUCAACUGCAUGUCCAGCUCAUGGAACUAAGAAGCUGCAAAGGGUAUAAACAAUGCAACCCAAGAACCAGGAACAUGGAUCUGGGACUUAAAGAUGGAAGCUACGAGCAGUACAGGCAGUUUCAGCGUCGAAAGUGGCCAGAUGUGAAGAGACCAUCAUCUGCCAAGUCACUAGGACAACUGUGGGAAGGAUGGGAGGGCUAA